AUGGAAGAGGACUCACUAAACUUCUUGAAAGAAAGAGACAAUUCCCAUUCAAUUCUAGAUCAAGCAGCAAGCGAACUUACAAGGAUUAUCCAAAAAGCAACAGAAAGGUGUAUACCCAAAGUUGUUUCAAUCAAAAGAGCUAAACCAUGGUGGUCACCCGAGUUGAAAGAUCUUCGAAAAGAGCUAGGAAAAGCAAAGCAAUCAAUCGAAUCAAAUCGAGAGAACCCUAAUCUUAAGGAAGAAUAUCGAAUUGCUAGAAACAAAUACUUUCAAGCUAUUAAAACAGCAAAAAAGGAUCAUUGGAAUGAUUUCCUAGAAAAGGAGGAUACACAGACAGUUUUCAAAGCAAUGACCUAUACCAAAGACUUCCAGGAUCAAAGGAUACCAGAUAUUUCAUCAGAAAGCUCUUUUGAAGGAAAAUGCUCUGCUUUCAGAUCGACUUUAUUCCCUCCCCCUCCUACUACUCUAAAACCACAAUGGGUAGGGUAUAAACAAUCCAAGAAAUGGGAAUGGCCCAAUCUCUCUCAAAUCGAAUUAAGUAAUGCCUGCUCAGCUAAGAUACAAGGAAAGACCCCUGGUCCAGAUGGGAUCACUCAAGAAAUCAUUACAAAGGCCUACAAAGCAAUCCCAGAGAUCUUUUUUACUCUUUUCAGCAAACUCCUCAAUCUCGGAUAUCACCCUAAAUGCUGGAAACAAGCUACUGGAGCUAUUCUAAAGAAAGCCUCAAAACCUGAUUACUCACUUCCAAAAGCAUAUAGAGUGAUUGCACUCUUAAACUGUCUGGGAAAAAUUAGUGAAAGGAUUCUAGCUCAACGACUAGGAUAUUUAGCGGAAACUACCCACCUUCUACACAAGAGUCAAAUAGGAGGCCGCCAAAAGAAAUCAGCAAUCGAUGCUGCACUUCUAUUAACAACAGAAAUCGAAAGAAACAAGCAAGCUAACAAGAAGACCUCAAUAUUAUUUAUGGAUAUAAAGGGAGCAUUCGAUCACGUUUCAAAAAAUCGACUACUGGAUAUCUGCAAGAAGUUAAGACUACCGACGAAUCUCAUCUCCUGGAUAGCUUCAUUUCUUCAACAAAGACAACUAAAACUAUCCUUUAAUAACCAAAUCGAAUCUUUCAAGCCAAUUUCGACCGGAAUACCACAAGGCAGUCCAAUUUCUCCAAUUCUCUUCCUUAUAUACAUUAGGGACCUCUUUUUAUCCAAUUCGAUCAAAUUUCUUUCCUAUAUUGAUGAUAUUGCCCUAAUCACCAAUUCAUCUACAUGGAAAAAGAAUAUCAAAUCUCUAGAGAGAGCUACAAAACAAAUCUACGAACUCAGCUCAAAGAAUGCUAUUCAAUUCGACCUAGCAAAAACAGAGCUAAUGCACUUUUCAUCAUCCAAAUUGACGAAAAACUACCCAAUCAAACUACCCAAUUCGGAAAUAAUUAUACCUCAAUCUCUAAUCAGAUGGUUGGGAAUAUGUCCGAAAGCUCUUAGACAGUUAUAUAUAGCAUGUGUGACCAGUAUAGCCGAUUACGCAUCAGUGAUUUGGUGGAGAGGCCAAGCCCAUUUCAAGGAUAUGAUGCAAUCACUUCAAAAUCUAGCUCUUCGAAAGAUAUUAGGAGUAUUCAAAACUGCUCCAAUUCUUCCAAUGGAAGUAGAAGCAGGCUUAAAACCCUCAAAAAUUCGAUUAGACUCGAAUAUUAGGCAAUACGCAUUCCGUUUAGCUAAACUUUCACCAAAUCAUCCAAUCAAUAUCGAAAAAGCAUCACUAAUCCAAUAUCAAGCCAAUUUGGAUGCGAUCUCUACCCCUCGAAGAAAACGAUAUAAACCUACUCAACUGGAUAAAAUCAAAGAAUCGAUAAACCAGGAUUUCAACCCUUCCUCACUCGAAAAGAUCAUUCAUUUUAACUUCCCCCCAUGGAAAAGAGAAACCCCCUUCCGAGUUAACAUUAGCAAUUCGUCAAAAGAAGAUGCUGCCAUUCUUCAUAAUAUUGUUUUCAAACAUAGGGAUAAAGAUACCACCUAUAUUUACACUGAUGCCUCCUCCACCGAAAAGGGAAUAGUAUAUAAUGGAGAGCUUUUUGGAGUUACAAGAGCUAUUGAAUACGCUAGCUCAAUCGCUUAUACUGGUCAAAAGUUCAAAAUCUACUCGGAUAAUCAAGCUGGUUUAUACCGCUUAAAAACUCCUUCAGAUCACCCAGGACAAGCCAAUCAGAUAAGAGCGAUCAAAGCAGCAGAGGUUAUCAGAGCAAAAGGAGCCGAAAUCUCCUUAAAUUGGGUUCCUGGUCAUACCUCAGUUGAAGGAAAUGAGCUAGCAGAUAAGCUAGCCAAGGAAGCAACCACAAUACAACCUACCUCGAACGAAACAAGCUUUGGACUACUAGGUAUGACUGUCAAAGAAUAUGCCUCAGAUCAAUGGCUUGAUACUCUCAAACAAUACGAACUCAGAUCAAACCAAUCCCCAUCAACUUACUCGAAGCUAUUUCCAUGGAAAAUAGGUUCCAAAAUCAAGCUACCAAGCGGAACUACUCGAAAUACUGCUAGCGCAUUCUUUCAACUCAAAUUAGGUCACGGAUAUAUCAAAUCCUACUUACAUCGUUUCAAACUCACCAAUAACAAAUGUAUAUGCAGUAAUAUUGAGGCACCACAACACCUCCUUAUUAGCUGUCCUAUAUAUAAAACAAAAAGAAAAGAGAUCUUUAAGAAGAUACCAUUAUCCAAAAACACUAUACAAUUCCUAUUGCAUACAAAAAUAGGUAUCGAAUUAGCUAUCAAAUUUAUCAAUAUCACUAAAAUCGCUACAAGGGCAUGGCAUCUAGCAAGGACUCUUGAACAAGAAGUAAUAGAGGAAGGAGUAGUAGUGGAAGAGGAGAGAGGAGAAGAGAAUGAAGAAGAAGCAGUUGAGGAAAUAAGAGAGGGGUUUGACCUCCUCACAAUUUCUUGA